ACUGUAGAUGAGCUAAAGCAGGAUGAAAGACGUGCUUUGAUGCCUGUUGUUUAUCAAACAUAACAGUGCUGUGUUCCUGCAGUCUGUUUCAUCCUGCAGCUUUAUCCAUGUUUGAUCAGAACUCUCACAUGUACGCGUUUGCGCUUGUCUAUUCCAUUUCAUUUCAUAUCUCAUUGCCUGUUUCUGCUUACCUCUCCAUUUCUCCAUUGCGCGGCAGAUCUCCGCGAGCUGGAAUGAAUUCUGCGGCGCGUGCUUAUUGUUCCAGCACACACUCAUUCACACACACGUAACAAGCGCUUCUUGCUCUACUCCUUCUGUGUUUGUGUUUGUGUAUGUGUGUGUGCGCGGAUGAAGUCGUGUCCUGGAGAAGUUUUCAAUGCGUGCUUCAGGAUUGUGGCGCAUUGGACGGCUGUAGUGUGGACCGAGCGGAAGGAAGGAGGAGGGAGAUCAUACAUUAACUCCUGCUGGCUGCGGGGACUCUCCACUUGAUAGAAGCCAACACGGGGAUGGGAUGCUCUCAGAACAACACUCUCAGCUUUUGGGGCAGAGGCGACAAAUGACUCCCAAACGAAAAGCCACUUAACUGCGCGUUUUAUUUGGCCACCCGGUGUUUUCCAGGGGAUUUUACGCACCGCAAAAAGAGUGGAGCAAACGCUGCAGAGAUGAGUGUUGCGUGGUUUUCCUUGCUCCUGAAGGAUCCCCUCUCCUGAUAAAGGGACCAAAGAGGACAAAACAAGGCUGUCCAUGAUAUUUUCCCAAAGAAGAUUGCAAAGGUGGAGCGAUUAGAGAAGGGCUGAUGACGGGACUAUUAAUCCUUUCAGUGCAUCAAAAGCACCAAAGGGUAUUAGAAACGCUUGGAUGGAAAUCGGGCGAGUGUUUAGAACUGUUUUUGGUUUUAUAUGAAACUGGUGAUUAGUUCAUCUGCAAGGAUUUUUGCUUUCCCAGUGAUACUGAGGAGUAAAUUUGCUUUUUGCCUUGUUGUUGUUGUUGUUGUUGUUGUAUCGCCGGUAUGAGCGGUUUCCUGGUGUGAAUUUCCAGAAACUCUCGUCUCAAUCUUUUUUUCCUCUCCAAGUAUUCCUAAAUCUAAAUGGAAUUAGUUGAGUCUGAAGCCGUUUGUGAAAGGAACAGACAUGGUACAUGGGCACAGCUUCCAUCACGUUGUUGCAAGUCUUCUCAUACUUGGGUUGUCUGGGGCAACAAGGAAGGAUACAGCAGUGAAGAACAACUCUGGAGUGAAGCCUGCAGGUCAAUGUGGAACGUGGGUGAAAGAACCAGAAGGAGGUCUCUUCACUUCUCCCAAUUACCCAAACAAAUACCCCCCAAACACAGAGUGUGUUUACAUCCUUGAAGCACCCCCGAGGCAGUGUAUUGAUCUACACUUUGAGGAGAAUUAUUCAAUCGAGUCCUCUUGGGAAUGUAAAUUUGACAACAUCGAGGUCCGGGAUGGACCCUUUGGCUUCUCCCCAAUACUCGGACGGUACUGCGGUCAGCAAAGCCCGCCGGAUAUCAGGAGUAGUGGCCGAUAUCUGUGGAUAAAAUUUGUUACAGACGGCGAACUGGAAGGAGUGGGAUUUUCAGCAAGUUACAACUUCACUGCAGAUCCGGACUUUGCAGACAUGGGAGUCCCCCCACCUCUGCCCUCCUGUCAGUAUGACAUGGUUGGUCCAGAAGGUAUCGUUGAGUCCCAUCAGAUCACCAGAGACGGGAAGGCUGGCGCCGCCGAGGCCGUCGACUGUAAAUGGUACAUCCAUGCUCCGCCGCGCUCCAAGAUCUACCUGCGUUUUCUCGACUAUGAGAUGGCCAAUUCCAACGAAUGCAAGCGCAACUUUGUGGCGGUGUAUGAUGGCGGCAGUUCGGUGGAAGACCUGAAGAGCAAGUUCUGCUCCACGGUGGCCAACGACAUCAUGCUGGUUUCCACGCUGGGCGUCAUCCGCAUGUGGGCAGACGAGGCCAGCCGCAGGAGCCGCUUCCGCAUCCUCUUCACGACCUACCAAGAGCCUCCAUGCAAUGCAGAUGCCUUCUUCUGUCACAGUAACAUGUGCAUAAACAACUCGCUGGUGUGUAAUGGCAUGCAGAACUGUGUCUACCCCUGGGACGAGAACCAAUGCAAAGAGAAGAGGAAAGCCAACAUCCUGGACAACCUGAACAACACAAACGGGACCAUAAUCGGUGUCACCUGUUGCAUCGUCCUCAUCCUCCUCAUCGUCUCCGUCAUCGUCCAGAUCAAGCAGCCACGUAAAAAGUACAUCCUGCGGCGUGAGGACUUUGACCCCACCAUGUUCCAAGAGGUCUUUGAGCCGCCUCACUACGAGCUGUGUACUUUACGGAGCGCCACCACAGCCGCGGCGGCCUCAGCAGACUUAGUCGACCUGGCGGAAGACUUUGAGAACUACCACGCCCUACGCCGUGCCUCCUCGCGCUGCGUCCACGAUCACCACUGUGGCUCCUCCUCCAACCCCGGGUCCGCCCACAUAUCCCAGCUGUCGCUCAGCGGACGAGGAAGCCGCGGGAACUUGAGCGCCCGAGAUACAGCGGCCGCCGCUCUGCUCACAGACCUUCCGCAGCCGCCAAUGGCAGUGCGGCCCUUGUUGCCGUCCACCGGAAACCGCAGGAGCAUCUUGGUCAUGAAGCACAGCUACUCGCAAGAGGCAGCGGACAAUGGAUGCGACCUGGACGACGACCUGGAAGAAGUUCCCACCACCAGCCACCGGCUUUCACGCCACGAAAAGGCAGUACAGCGAUACAUCAGACAGAUGCAUCAAUCCUCUGCAUCUUGCCAAGUUUGACAGCAUUCGGAGCUAAGGUUUCUCUCCCUUGCAUCUUGAGUGAACUGUUGCCCUGAGCAACUUUACCAAUGUAGAGUGUUGUGAUGAGAAAAAUUUAAAGAAAAAAAAAAGGUUUGUGGUGUACGCAAGUUUUUCUUCUUUGCUUUGGGACCGCAGAGAUGCAUUUUCCCCUAUACCUGUGCUCCUCACGUGGCCGGGAUUGACGAGCCAUGGAACACUGAUAAUUUCAGACACGGGACUGAAACGAUGGUUUUUGAGAAAUAGAGUACCUUUAAUGUAAAGUUGUUCUUGGAGAAAAGAAAAAAAUACUGAAUCAGGUUUUUUAAAUCAUUUUCAUGUAACCAUCAAAAUAUGAAAUUGCAUAUUUCCGCUGCUGAUUUCACAUUAUAUUUCUUACUUUGAUGUCAUUUCUUUACAGUAGAGUAUCAGGUUGUUUUUAUAUCAAAUCGAGAACAGGAAGCCUUGUUGAGAGGACGGAAGCACUGAAUGUUUGAGAUAAUGUGAUGCUAAACUUCAUAAAUGGGUGCAUAUACAUGAUUCUACUGACCCAUUAACUAAUGUUUAUUUACUCCCACCUUUACUGAUGUCCAAACAUUAUUUACUGACGUUCUCUUUGUCAAACUUCUUUGCAUUGUGGUGUUUUUUUUUAACCCGUUUGCAUAUUUAUUUAUUAACAGAAAAUGCUGGACAGAAUGUUUUCAAUAAACUAAUGUUUACUGAUUUUAUUGUGAGUUAUUUUGUCAGUAACAUCUAAUUUUCUGUUCUACACUCAGGGCCAUUGUGGAUCCUAAUGAGGUACUCAUAAUUUCUUCUGGGAAUUUGUAGGUGUUAACAACUUGGGAGGAUUUAUAUUAAACAAUAUCAACAAUUGAAAAACACAAGGUGGAUAUUGUAUCUGCUGAUUCCUGUAUUUUUAGACUGAGAGUAGACUUGAUUAAGUACAGGCUACUUCAUAUGCAAAUAUAACCACAUAGGCCAGCAAACAAAUAACUAAAAGGGUUUAAUAUUACCUCCCCAGAAUCCCUAGCACCAAGGCUCCCUAUUUAAUUUGCUAUAAAUAUAACUGCUAGUUGGUAGAGACCAAAGACAGAGCUAAAAUGACAGUGGUUAUUGGCUUUACAUUCAUCGGGUGAACAUGACUUCCUUUUCUGCUGGUUGCAGUGGCGACCAGCUGAUGUGCUUAGACUAAUACCGGUGAAAUUAACAUUUUAAGUUCCACAACAAUCCUGUUUAAAUGUAUGUGUUUCCAUUGUCUGCAUGUUAGGCAAGUCAUUGUUCUUCAGAUAGGCUGGCUGUCCUUUUCCUUAAUAAGACAAAUUUAGGCUACGGCUUUAAUUUAAAAGAGUGUAUAGAUUUUAAGGAACAAAAUAUUAACUGGGAACAAGCCUUCUCAAGUUUAAGAUUGACUCAGGGUACCCAUAGAACCCAUUUUCACUCAGGUAUAUUGAGGUGAGUUCAAGGGACCCCUUUGAAAAUGGCCAUGCCAGUUAUCCCUUGCUAAAUUUCGCCUAACUUUGGAUCAUUAUUUAGCCCCUUUUCCGACAAGCUAUGCUGUCAAGGUUGGUACCAAUGGAUGUCACAGGUUGUCUAGUUUCAUAAGAUAUAACUACCUUUUUGCCUAGUUUAAAAUAUGAGCAUGCCACACACUCUUAAGGUUCUAACACCAAGCCAACGGUUGGCCAUCAGUCAAUGUUGGGCUGCCAGUGAGCAUCUGUCGCCCUGGUCGGUGUGGUGUGUCCCAUACCGCCGCCCGUUGACAGUCCCCAUCUUUUUUUUUUUUUUUUGGCCGAUUCAGCAUGUUGAAUUGGCAACAGCGGAGUCCGUCUGUGAAUGUAAUCACUCUGAUUGGCAGUUCAGCUCAGUGCACACGAAGAGAAAGGAAGUGAGGCAAGUAAACAAACAGCUAAAGUCAAGAGGGAGUGAGACCAAAACAAACUUGUUACACAAGGUGAGAUUAUUUUUUUCUUUAGCCAUUGAGCUCUUUAGUAGAAACAUUUCGUGUUGGUUUUGUUGGGAAUAGAAUGAUUUUAUGUGUUUUACUAUAAGUUGUGUUUCACUAUAUAAGUUUUAG